CUGUGCAUAUAAACUACUCGUGCGGGUGUUCUGAUUAUUUAUAUCUCGCACAGGUUGGAAACUCCGCACAAAUAGAUCGUCGCCAUGGCAACUCCCUAAAGGCCGCAUGAAAACUCCACGCUUCAUUUGACAAUACUCGUUUACAUCGCCCUGACAUUGACAAUCUCAAUAUUUCUCCCCUGACGGUCGACGGGUAAACACGACUUCAUAAACAAACAACAAAAAUGUUCUGGGGUAUAAGUCCAGCGCUGGACUUGCAGCAGGAGUAUCUCAAACAUGGAGACGAAAACGCCUACGAGCUCAACUUCCUGGUCAUCGGUGGGUGCGACGGGCGACACCUCCUUAAAACCUUAUCCCAAGCCUAUCGGCACACCAGGCGGUACAUGAACAUCUUUGUCGUCGACGGCUGUCCAGAACUCAUCGCCAGGCAGAUCCUGCUCAUGUCCUUGGCUUUGGAAAAAACUACGAGAUGCGGCUUGCUAGAAAAGACGAGACGGUGGCUCGAAAUCUACGGCAAUCUGCUCCUGCGGCCAUCUACCUCAAGGUAUUUAAUCGCUAAAGCACGCCAACUCGUCGGCAUGAUCACGAAUCCCGAGUUCAUGAGCUGUCUGCUACCAACCGUCUCGAUCGAUCAAAUGAAGUACCGCGAACGCGACUACCUUGAGAGCCUGGUUAACUUCUGGACCACUGGGAACACAAAUCAGUUCAACGCUUGUGAGCUUUGGGAGCAUCGGAUCAGGCACAGCCUCGGCGUGAGGUACGACAACCGAGCGGGAGUGUUCGACUGGGACUACCACAUGCGCCUCAAAGAGAUCGCUAGUCAGAUAUGCUUUCAAGAAUAUAAACAUUUUAGGGAGCACGGAGUUGCUUUCACUUGGCUGGAGACAGAGGUGUGCAGACCAAAUGUGACGUUUGCAGCGGGAGUGUGCAAGUGCGGGGAUAGAUACCUUCACCGAGGGUAUCUUGGGGAUAUGGUGACUUCCCCGUAUAUAGCAUUCGGGCUAGAUUGCGACGACAAGGACAUGCUGAUAUCAUCUCACGGAGUGAACAACAAACGGUCGACAGACGUGUCGGAGCGCAACGUUAUGCGGAUGCUGUACGAGGUGGAAAACCGUCAGGCUUUCGACGCAAACGCAUUUAAUUUGGAAAAGGAGAAGAAUUUAGGGAUGGUUGUGCUGAGUCAGCUGGACGCGCGGAUUUCGGAGGCUGGACCUGAAGUGCCGCUGCUGUUGCGCGAGGAUCGGAAUACGUAUAUCGAUGUAGAUUACGGGAAGGUGCAUUUUCUUUCCUUGUCUGCGCUGGAUCAUUAUCCGCACAAGCCGCAGUUCCAGGGGUUGUUCCAUGGUGUGUUUGUGGGGCAGAACAUGCUGACGCGCGUAAAGCCGAGCGUUUGGUCGAUGGCGCGGGACGACGCGUUUGUCGUCAUGGAGUCGCGCAAGUACAUGGUGGAGCUGAAGAGAGACGACGUCAAGGCGUUCGCUGAACAAAUAGACCAGGCGGCGAAGGCCGCACAGUGCGAGAAAAUCACUUCGUUCGAUCCUCAAAAGGACGAUUAUGCAAAGUUUUUGAUGAGGAGGAGAAGUGAGAGCAUCGAUAUUCCUGUUUGAGUUAAAGUUACGAUUAAAAGUACAUGUUUUUCUUUAUAAAAUACUGCUUAUUUGAAAUCGGACAGAAUGCUAAGUCUCGUAGAUUGCGAGGUUUAUUAUUUUGUGAUGAUGAAUUAAAUAAAAACAGUUUAGUUACUUUUCAUAGUCAUUUAAAUACGAUUGUUAUUUGAGAUUAAUUAUGUGAUUAAUAU